AUGACAGCUCAGGCGAAACUCGCAAGACGCGCGUCCAAGGCGGUGGCUGCAAGCAAGAAGGCAUCCAAGGAGGCGCCGUGUUUGCCCAAGUCCACCUCCGCCUCGCCGGGGCAGCGUGCCCAGGCUGCCUCAGCGCUUCUGCAGAGCACUGACCCUGUGCAGGUGUACCUGCGCACCGUCCCCACCCCGCUGGGGCCAUUUUCGCUUUAUGUGGAUGCCGAUGGCGCCGUCCGCUUCUGCCGCUGGCAGGGCAGCGCGCCUGGUGACGCCGCCGCACUUUUCACCGAGGCGCAGGAGGUGUGCGCGAUCAUUCAGUCCCGCUGGUACAAGAGCACGCCCGUGACGGUGGCGGGUGUGUCGGCCGACGGGGCGUCGGAGCUGCCGGGAGAACGCGCAGUGACGCUCAUGAGGAAUUAUUUCAAUCCUUCCACGGCGAAGACUGGCCGAACAGAAGAGUUGGAGCGCCUUCUGCUGCAGGUGCCGAUCAUCUAUCCGCCCACCACCGCCUUCAUGACGCAGACGUGGGCGACGCUGCGCCACACUGUUCCUUCCGGCAAGACCAUCUCCUAUAAGGGUCUGGGGGUCCGUGUGAAUAAGGCACUGAAUCUGCCUGCCUCAGCUGCAGUGGCGCCACGCGCCAUUGGUGUGGCCAUGGGGGCCAACCCCAUACCCGUCAUUGUGCCCUGCCAUCGUGUCCUAUCGUCGACGAACUCGCUAUGCGGGUACGGGCUCGGGCUGCGUUUCAAGGUUUGGCUACUACGGCACGAGCAGGCGGACGUUGCGGCCGACAAGCUGCGCGUAGGCGAAGAGGAGACCGCUGUGAGCACCGCGGCUUCUCGUCGUUGA